UUGUACGUAUCUACAAUUUAUUUAAAAGUAAUUUGAAAUCAUAUAAAAAUUUAUGUUCUCUGGGCAACGAUUGUAUCAUGCAUUGAAAAUGUUUACUUGGUUAUGCUAUUUGUGAUGACAACACAGCAGAUUGGUUUUAGGUGAAGAGAAGAAGGGUUUCGGGUUAAGCGGAUUUUUGUAAAAAUGAAUUGAAUUAAAAUUGUCUAGUAUACUGGAGUAAAAUCAGACGACGACGACGAAAACAAAACACCGGGCCAACUGUGCAAACACCUGCUAGCAGGAAGCGUGUUUUGGAGCUCUCCAUUCUGAGGUAGUUCACCAAUUUGGAACAAGAAGAAGAACUGAAAUUACCGCCGACGCCGCUUAAUCAGGUGGGAGGAGGGGAGUAACAGCGACAGCAGCAACACAGUUAACUCCAACGAUAAUACCACAUUAUUAUCAUCAGCAGUAGUACCGGCAGAAGCAGCACCCGCAGACAACGCCAUCAGUCGGGCGAGCAUCUUCAUCAUGAUUCCUCUAACACACAAGGAUAGAAGCAAUUUGAGCUAUCGCAUUCAAGAGAAAUUCAACAGCUGGAAACGUUUGAUAUUCUCUGAUCGAAAUUCGCGCAAUUUGUUUCUCUUUCUUUUGCUCAAUUUAAGUUUUGCCUUUGUGGAGCUCUUCUAUGGCAUUUUGACAAAUAGUUUGGGUCUGAUUUCGGACUCAUUUCACAUGUUCUUUGAUUGCACUGGUCUUCUAGCCGGUUUGGCUGCUUCAGUGAUAACAAAAUGGAAAGCAAAUGAUAAAUUCUCCUAUGGCUAUGUCCGUGCGGAAGUUUUAGCCGGAUUUGUGAAUAGUUUAUUCCUGCUAUUUAUAGCAUUCUUCAUUCUAUCCGAGGGCGUGGAGCGUCUGAUAGAACCACCAGAAGUGAAGCAUGAGAGAUUGUUUGUCGUUUCGGUAUUGGGUCUUUUGGUCAAUCUAGUGGGCAUUUAUGCCUUCAAUCACGGUGGCCAUGGACACUCACAUGGCGGCGGUGGCGGAGGACACGGCCAUUCACAUGGUGGUGGCAGUGCACACGGUCAUUCCCAUAAUCACAAUGAACUGAAUAGCAAUCAUCAUCAAUCGAUUAAUCUAGAUAAUGGACAUGGACAUUCCCAUGAUUCGCAUGGUCACUCCCAUGGCGGUGAUAUAUCCGGCAGCAAUUCACAAAUUAUGCGUGGCGUCUUCCUGCACAUUCUUGCCGAUACUCUUGGAUCUGUGGGCGUCAUUAUAUCGGCAGUGCUUAUGCAAAUGUUUGGCUGGAUGAUAGCCGAUCCGAUUUGCUCCAUUUUCAUAGCAUUGCUAAUUGCCUUGAGUGUUUUGAGUUUAAUCAAGGAGUCCAUAUUGAUAUUAAUGCAACGGCAGCCGUCAUCAUUGGAUCGAGCCUUACCGCAGUGUUAUCAAAAGGUCACCGGACUUGCCGGUGUCUAUGCCGUGCAAGAGCCACACUUUUGGACACUCUGCUCCGAUGCCUAUGUGGGUGCCAUCAAAUUGGAGGUGUCUAAAAAUGUCGAUCCCAAAUACGUGGUUACGCAUACGCGCAUGAUAUUCGAGUCUAUCGGAAUCAAGCAGAUCUAUAUACAGCUCGACUAUGUCUGAUAAGAAAAUAGACAUACAUAAAACCAUUAUCUAAGCGUCAUGGUGAUGAUGAUGAUAAUGCUGCUACUGAUGAUAAGUAAAAGUUUUUGUUUUACCUAAAUUUUAGUUGAGAAAAAAUGUGUAAAUGGUAACAAAAAAAUUAGUGGAGUUAAUUUACUUUUUCAUUUGGUAAAUCAAAAACAAAAUAGAAAGCAACAAAUUUUUUGUUAACUUAUUUUUUUCUACUUAUUGUUAUAAAGUGUAAAGUAUAGUUCAUUCCAAUAACAAAAACAAAACAAAACAAACAAACCAUGAAAAAAGUUGUGUAUGUGUUAAGGAUUAGCAGUUGCUGCUGAUCUUUGAUCUAGUAUAUAUAUAUAGGGCUUUAGUCUAAUUGUAUUACUAAGAAGAAAACGAAACAAUUGUGCAAAAAUAUAUAUACAUAUAAAUUAUAAUACAUUAUUUAAAUUCAGAACAAAAGAAGAAAAAGAAAAAAAGCUAGAAAGAAACAAUAAUUAUUUAUACUUGACUGACAAAAUUGAAAUUGAAAAAAAACAAAAAAUCACGAAAUAAUAUAGCAAACAUACAUAUAUAAAACAUAUUGCCGUCUAUGUGUAUCACAGUCAUCAAAACCAAGCAUCAAAAACUUAUGAACGAAAAUAUAAUUUGUUAAUACCGAUUUUUUUAUAUACAUGUACGUUAAAGACGAAUUUUUAUUUAAUUGGGGAUCAUUUUCAAAUACUAAGCACAGUAUAUACAAUUUGUGGUUGUGUAUUUAGAUCUCCUCAUUUGAAGAAUUUAGAUAGUUUUUUUUACGCCAAGCCGAAAGUACUGAAAUAGAAUCAAUAGAACAUUUUGAAUAAAUCAAAUAAAUGCCUAUCAUUUCUUGAUUCUGAAACAUUU